GGGGGUCGAAUGGGAUGGGUUUUAAGGUUCCUUCCAACCCAAACCAUGUGUGAUUGCUAAGAAUUUAGAUUCAUGCCCAAGAUUGGCACAAUCCCACUGCUCUCUUCACAACACUUUCUAGACCUGGGUGACUCCAGCCCAGGUUGGGCACCCAUAUCCUAGAAGAACAUGGAGCCCAGAUACAGAUCUCCAGAGUUCUGGUGCCCUGUGGAAAACUUCUUCCCUCAGAAAGCGCUGGCUGCCAUCGCAUCCUGUUCUCUGGGCCUCUGCAGUGAAGGCUCCGUGUUCCCUUCCCGCCUGAAGCCCUGCUAAGGUCUCAAAGGGAAUUCCCCCCCGGCGGCCGUGGCGGCUCGCCCAGCACACGGGGAAAGGCUCGGGAGCGAGCGGGCAGCAGGAGCCGGGUACCGAGCCCUCAGGGGGGCUGAAGCCGCCAUCGCGGGCCGCCCUCACGGCCGGCGGGGCCACCAUUGGCCACCAUUGUCGGUCACGUGACCGCGCCUCAGCGGCCGCGGAGUCGCCGAACGGAACUGAGGGGCCGGGACGGGAACAGCGGCGGCGCUGGCACCGGGGUCACCGGAGGGGUGGGGCAAGACCCCCUCCCGCCCCACAGCUCCCGCGGGUCUUCAGCGGCUCAGGGGGUCUGGUACACCCCCACAGAGCCAGCCCCUGCUCGGUGGGUAAAUCCCAGCCAGUCUGACCCGCCCCGUGUCUUUCCCCGGAACACGUCCCCUGAAAGGAGCUGGAAAUGAUCUCCCACAUGGAUCAGAAGGAGGAACGGUGGUUCUCACACCGCCGCGCCCACCGAGGGAAGUCUCAGACAGUGCUGAGCAGCACUUGUGCAGCUGAAGGUGGGAUUGUGAGCAAAAAAGAGAAUAAUUCCCACCAAGGCAUCCCUGGGCCAGCAGAGCCUGAGGUUUUACUCUCAGGACUCUCCAAGGAGAACAAUUCUCAGAGUUCUGCUGAGGACCCAGUCGUCCCACAGAGGUCAGAAAAUGUUCAGAGUCCUCUGGAGAAGACGCAAAGCCAAGCAAUGCUGUGUGGGAAAAGUUUCAGGAAGCUGCCAGAUACUAUCCAGCAGAGAAAUUCUUCUGUGGAGAGACUGAUAAUAUGUGGGGACUGCGGGAAGAGCUUCCGUGUGAGUUCCAACCUCAUCCAGCAUCGGAGAAUCCACACUGGAGAGAAACCCUUCUCCUGCACCGAGUGUGGGGGGCGUUUCCGGCAGCAGUCCCAUCUCAUCCAGCACCGGAGGAUCCACACGGGAGAGAGGCCCUACGAGUGCUCCGAGUGCGGGAAGAGCUUCAGCGUGAGCUCGAAGCUGCUCCGGCACCAGGUGACCCACACCGGGGAGAAGCCCUUCAGGUGUGCCGAGUGCGGGAAGAGCUUCUCCGGGAACUGCCAGCUGGUGCAGCACCGGCGGGUGCACACCGGGGAGAAGCCCUACACGUGCGGCAGCUGCGGGAGGAGCUUCAGCGUGAGCUCAGCCCUGGCGCGGCACCGGCGAGUCCACACCGGGGAGAAGCCCUAUGUCUGUGCCGAGUGCGGGAAGAGCUUCUGUCAGAGCUGCGAGCUCAUGAAGCACCAGCGGGUGCACACCGGGGAGAAGCCGUACAAGUGCUCCGAGUGCGGGAAGAGCUUCACCGGGAGUUCGGCCCUCAUCCAGCACCGCCGGUUCCACAGGGGCGAGCGGCCGUACGGGUGCUCCGAGUGCGGGAAGAGCUUCACGGUGAGCUCCCACCUCAUCCAGCACCGCCGCUUCCACACCGGGGAGCGCCCCUUCGAGUGCACCGAGUGCGGGAAGAGCUUCCUGUGGAGGUCGGCCCUGCUGCGGCACUGGCGGGUGCACAGCGGGGAGCGGCCGUACGCCUGUACCGAGUGCGGGGACAGCUUCAGGCAGAGCGCCCACCUCACCCAGCACCGCCGCACCCACAGCGGGGAGCGGCCCUACGCCUGUGCCGACUGCGGGAGGGGCUUCGCCGUGAGCUCCGCGCUCCUGCGGCACCGGCACGUCCACAGGGCGGGACAGCCCUAGCGAGCCUGAUCCCGGGCUCUGCGCUCUCUCCAUUGACUGCCCGGCUCACGGAGUGGGAAGGCACUUUCCUUUAGGAGAACAAGUCCAAAAGGAGAGGGGUGCAAACAGGGGAGAGUCAGUGCGAGGAGCUGCCGGUCUGGAGAGGAGCGUGGACACAGCAGGGGCAGCUGGUGGUGCUGCUCAGAGGGAAAGCUCUUGGGAGGGAAAGGAAGUGCUUUAAAAAGGCUGGAAUGUGCUUCGUGUAUUUCAGAGGAAGGCAAAUGACUCUGUGCCCACAUGUGGACAAUGAAUACAGUGAAGCACACGGACCAUUUCAGAGCCUGCAACAUUGGUCAACAAAAGCUCAUCUGUGUUCAGAGGCGCUGAGCUCCCUCCCUCAGCCCACGGGCUGGAGCCGUAGCCCAAAGAAGCACCCUCGGUCCCCUGCGCUGGCUACCCGUGU